AACACUAAUUUCCUCAUUAGUUUUCAAUCUACCCUUUGCCAAGCUUUUAAAUUUUUUUAACUCUGCUAUCUUACUUAUUAAUAUGGAGAUGAUGAUGGAUAGUAUUUGUUACAUCCCUUAUUCACUUGUUGAAAUUGUUUUUAUUCUGAUAGUUGUGAACUUUGUCAAAAUUAUCCUUGAGGACUGCUUCUUUCGUCUUAAUUUUAUGAUCCUAUUCUUCCUGCAUACAUUUUCCCUUUUCAUCAGGAAAAUCUGGAAACUUUUCUUUGACAACAAGAAGUCACCAGGAUCAGUGCAACAACAACAGGUGAGCAAGAAACUUGAAGAGAAUCAAGAGAUCAUCAAGCCUUGCGUAUCUGAAAAUUUAUAUGCCAAUGAGAAACUAUCCAUUGAAGAAGUGAACAUGACGAUGGAGAAACUGAUCGCACUUGGAGAGACAUCAAGUUCCAGCGAGAUUGCUUCUCUGUUUGCGGAAGAGGAGGUGAGCCUGGAAGAAGUUAAAGACGCCUUUCGCCUUUUCGAUGAGAACAAUGAUGGAUUCAUUGAUACAGGUGAGCUGAGGAAUGUUCUUUUUAAACUAAAUUUUACACAGGCUUCAGAAGCGGAAUGCAAAAAGAUGAUCAAUGCCUUCGAUGAGGACAGAGAUAGCCGCAUAGAUUUUAAUGAGUUUGUGAAACUUCUGGAGUCUAGUUUGUCCUAAAUAUAAAUCCUGAGAUUUUCCUGAACCUGGCAUAUCUAACGCUUAGUAGGCGUAAUUUUGGCAAAUUAAAACAAUCUUCCAAAAUCAAACAAAAAUAAACGAGAGUACAUUGCACUUAUUCAGAAA